AAAUGGCGGGUGAGAAAGUCGAAACGAAAACAUUGGGAAAUAUGCCACAAAUACAGACGUGAAAGACAAGGUUUGAUUGAAAUUUUAAUUGUAACGCGUAAAAGAUAAAUUUAACCCUCAUUGGAAAUCAGUGAGUCCUCAGUCCAAAAAUAUUUGUUUUUUUCAGUUUUGUCCGUGAUAUGCGCUAUCAAAUUGUUAUCUAAGAAAGUUUAAAAAAGUGUAUCACUAACGUGACCAACUAAUUAACUUCAGAUGAAGAUGUUUCAAAUUAUUUAGGAGAAUCUUCUUCAGCGUCAAACGAAUUUUUUAUUCAGUUUCCAAUGUCUCCUUAACACUUCUUUUAAUUUUUGUACACAGGCCUCCCUGGAAACAAAGGAAUUUUCUUCAAUCUGAGUUCCUCUCAAAUUCAUACCAACAAAGUAGUUCAAUCAGCCGAGAUUCUAGUGACAGUUGAACUACGCAUUGGUCCUAUCCCACCCCUCUUCUGGAGUAGUCACCUUGUUAUGUUCGAUCAGUUUGACUGCAAACCUGUGUAUUCAGUCAAGAUUCAGGGGGGAGGUUUGAAGUCUAUUUCGUUCCCUGCCCACUCCUUGGUGAAGCGAUGGAUUAGCUCCCCUCAUCUGAAUCAUGGAGUCUACAUCAGUUUACAGGGAGACCAAGCUAUGGAUGAAGCUUCCUUCAGAGUGAUAUUUAAUGAUACUAGUACAGGAGAGUAUGGUAGACCACUGUUACUGGUGCGAACGCAGUCCAAGACAGAAGAAGAGGACACUUCAUUUUCUCAGAAACGGUUGUUAACAUUUGCUAAAUUUAUCGUUGUGACUUCUAUUUUAUUCCCAUAUUUCCCAUAGAAUGACUGCUUAGAAAGGGGGAGAGGGGAUGGGUAUAGCUGGAACUCUGAGAUACACAGGUAAUACUGUGCAUGAUUACUCUCAGAUGCAGUCUAAAACCCGUAAUCUAUUGUAGGCUUGGUAUUUUCUAUUGUUGCUCUGGAAUGUUUAUGCAAUUUCAAAGUGUCCAAUGAUACACAAGCUAGCUUAACACAAGCUACCCCCCCUUAACUCACAUAUGCAUUAUGAUUUGACAGUCAGGGUAAAAAGAGUCUCAUGUCACCAAAGCCAAGACCUCCCCGCUCCAUCCAAGACCAAUUACCUUGCUCCCGGCAUCCUAUGCGGGUUGAGCUUCGUAAGACUCUGAGGUGGAAACAUGUUGUCAUUCCCCAGUUCUAUGAGGCUUACAGAUGUGCAGGAGCUUGCAGAUUUCCACUGGGCACAAACGUAAGUUUCCUUCUCUCAGUAGGUAGAAAAUAUGCUUCUGCUCUAUUGUGAGUUCUUGAUCUUAAUAUCCUGGGAAUAAAUUAAAUCUAUCAUGGCUUUCCAUGCCUUCAAGACUUAAGUGGAGUCAGAGGGAAAGUUUUAUUUCAGUGUUGAAAGUAAGCUGGGAUCAGCUCUGCUUUUACUCAACUACACUCUGUGAUUUGUUUAGAAGAAUCUCACUUCUCUCCUCACCACUCCAGUGCAAAAUUAGCCUGUGUGAAAUGCUUGAGGGAGCUCCCAGACACAUUUGUGAUCUAAUUGCAUUUGAUAUUAUGGAAAGUAAAAUCUAUAAUCUGAGGUUCAACAAAGGACUUCUCUGAGAGGAUAUUCAUGAGUCUUGCAAGAUAUACAGAUAAUUCUGUACAGUAUGGUACAGCUAUAAAUCAUCAACGAGUCUUCACUGUGCCCUCGUUAAAAUCUAUUUUAUACAAUAUUAAACAGAAAAGGAAAAUUAGUUUGAUGACAAACGUCCAUAAUUGUAGCUCCUACCUUACCUUUUACAAGGUCUGCACGUGGACAACUCGGAAUAAUAUGGUGGAAAUAUUCAACAGUGUGCAAAUCAGGUUAAAGGGAAAGUAUAGUUAAAAAAGUUUACCGAAAUAAAAAAAUUCCUAAAUUGCAUUGUCGUUACUGGCCUUUCAUUUGGGGAAAAACAUUUUGUUGCGAUUAAUUCCGUUCCAAAAAUCGACAUUUUCAAAUGGAAAAUCGCCAUCUUUGUUAUGACGUAACGGUUACGUAGCAAUAGUCAAGCAUGCUGUCUUCAACCCCUGCUGAGAUGGAUGUAAACAAAGAAAACAGCGGCGAGGAGAGCCCUUUUGGAUUUUAAUCCGGAGGGGGUAAUGAAUUCAUUUAAAUUUCAAACGCAGAAGAAACCUCUGCCAACGAAGAAGGUCAGGAAAACCAGUUUCAAGUAGAAACGUAGACCCGCUUAGUCACUCACGUCGUGGAAAACGCUAGUGGUGCUCUUGCGAUAACUGUCAAGAGAAAUAUGCUUUUCCCCGAAAAAACCCUAACUCUCGAGUGAUUGUUAUUUUAUUAAAGAAGACCGCAGUGCCUACAACGGAUUCAUUUCACUGAAUGACCUCACCUUGAGACGUUUUGUCACCCCGGCUGACAGGGUUACUCACCUGGCGGACCGGGAAACCGGGUUACCCCACCUAUCAUGUAAACGUGAUCAGGAUAAAAUAAGAAAUUAUAUGGACAGGCGGGCUACCCCACCUAGGCGGGAUACCUCACCAACCCGGGGUCCCCCACCUCCAUGUAAACAGGCCCUUAAAUGUUAUGACUUGUGUGAAGCAAAGCUUCAUUAUUUACGAUGCGCGCCAAAUAGUCUCCUCUGUCUAACAAUGUUUACAUUAAAAAUUGCCGCCGCACUAAAAUCAUACUUUCUUUGGGUUUGCAGGGGUUGGCAAGCCGCCCUCGCACGUAAUUUUUGUUCGCCAUAUUUUCUUUGGUAUUUCACUUUCCGUUAGCUUGUGGAAGCUUACAUCUUAUCUUGUUUUAUUUUAAUAUGUAUUUUGAGAUUCAACCAUAAGACAGUUCACCAUAGUUCGACUAUUCGAAAUUCUUGACACAAAGGUCAAACAGGUCAACAAGGACAAUGCGUUGACUAUUGCUACAUUAUGGCUGACGUCAUAUCAAAGAUGGCGUACUUCUAGCCGCGAAAGUUAUAAAUAAUGACAACUUCAAAGCGCUCUUGUCGCAAUUACAAGGUAAACUGUACGAAACGGCGGUUUUUUCGAACUCCUGAGGAAAAGUUCUUUUAUUAGUGACAAACUUUUUCUAGAACGUACUUUCCCAACGUUCAGGAACAGAACAAUUUUGCUUUGACGUCACUCUCAAGUGUAAAAUUCAAUUGGUCGUAGAAUCUUAGUUUACUUUAACCCAAACGCAAGUGUUGCUAGGCUUCAGUGACAUUACAAAUCUGUCUCUCAUGGUGUCUGAUGAUGAACUUACACAUUUACCAUCAGGUGAACCCAACUGACCACGCCAUCAUUCGGGCAACUUUGUUUUCAGCCGGAAAAGACAAAGGAACUGGGAAGCCCUGCUGUGUUCCUGUUAAGUUACGGGGCAUAAGCGCCAUCGAGUACCGAAAUGGCGAAUUUCAAAUGCUCUACCAUGAUGAUAUGGUUGUUCAGCAAUGUGGAUGCCGCUAGUCUUACGAAUCUUGCCUUAGUAUUAGAUGAAAACGGGCGUAAACGGCCCAGGAUUGUGUAGAAGUCUUGGAUCGUUUUCGUUUAAGGCACACUGUCUAUAUGAUAUAAUGAACCAAAAAAAUGUUGACAUACUGUAUUUGCCUAUGCACAUUUGACGGUGUUCAAGCUUACUAGAGGGCCUACACGAAGUAGAUAAGCGUGUUUUAAUUCAAAGGAAUACUAUAUAAACCAUUGACAAAAAGUACAUAUUUUAAUUAAAAUCUUGUGAUCGACGGAAUUUUCAAAUAAAAAAAAUUAUAAGUUUUAAUUUUUGCCAACAAAAAUUACCAAAUGUCUUUAUACGCUAGUAUAUCUGUUUUUUGUUGUUGUU